AUGGAGGCGCUGGUCGUCGUCUCGCUCGAUGGUGUCCUUCCCCAUCAAGUCACCACCGAAUGGGAUCGAUUCUACCGCGUGUCGUGCGACGUCUCGAUGGACAAGAUGACCAAGGAGGGAUCCGUUGUCGUCACCACCAUCUAUGAGGCCAACAACCAGAAGACGCAAGUGCUGGACACCGCCACCCCACCCCCGGUCACUGCCACGCUCACCUUCUUCAACCAACUUGACGAGCCCCUUGAGAAGGCUUCGAUUGGAGACCCGCUGCUGAUGGUCAUCUCCUCGGAUCAAGCCGGCCCGCACAACAUGAUGGUCACCGAGUGCACGGCCACCAGAAUCGGCGGACGCGGCGAGUCUGUGCCCUUCACGCUCAUCGAGAAUGGAUGCCCCCGCUACCCGGCCCUCGUCGGCCCCGUAGAGCAAGACUUCGACAAGAACAGGCUUAAGUCUGAAGUCCGCGCCUUCCGCCUCGAUGGCUCGUACGAUGUGCAGGUGAUGUGCACCGUCAUGUUCUGCGCUGGACCCAACGGAUGCCCCGUGUCGAACUGCUUGGACUCGGGCACCAACGAGCUGUUCACGUCGCACGGCAGGAAGAAGAGGUCGGCCCUGGCCGAGACUUCCGAGGAGCACACCGCUGAGACGCUUUCCGCCAUCAUCCGCGUGCUGGCCAAGGGCGAGGAGGAGGACAACAUGGGAAUUAAUGGCAACGCUUCUGAUAUUCACCGACCUUGGCCCGCGGACACGGUGUGCGUCUCCGAGACCGGGUUCGUCUGUGCCGUCGUGUCAGCAUCUGUUGUCUGCCUUCUCCUCUCUGCCCUCAUCGUCGUCUAUGGCUGCCACGCCCUCCACCGCGACGAGAAGCUCCCAUCCACCCGAAAUGACGUCUAU